CUGUUACGUCAGCGUCAGUUUGACAAGCAUGAGGCGCAUACUCAGUGCGAAUUUAUUGGGGCAGAUCAGUUUAUUUGGUAGAAAUCCUCCGUCUCAUGCCUCUCUGACAGCGGGUCAACAACGCGUCUGUGCACUGAGUUUCUGCAGGAAAUCAUCGAGUGACCGCACAAACAUGGACCUGAGUGACAUGAGGAAGAAAUACAAGGGGGAUGAAGAGUGCUUUGAGGAGAGUCAGCUUGUAUCUCUGGACCCAAUCAAACAAUUUGGAAACUGGUUCGAUCAAGCCACAAAGUGCCCUGAAAUUGGAGAGGCAAAUGCUAUGUGCAUCGCCACAGCCACCAAAGAUGGACGUCCGUCUGCUCGUAUGGUCCUUCUGAAAGGUUACAGCAACGAGGGUUUCCGUUUCUUUACAAACUACGAGAGCAGAAAGGGUUCUGAGCUGGAGAGCAAUCCAUAUGCAUGUCUGGUCUUCCACUGGGAACCCCUUAACAGACAGAUUCGCAUUGAGGGUACUGUGGAGCGAAUCCCCUUCCAGAGCUCCAGUGACUACUUCCACUCCCGACCAAAGAGCAGCCAGAUCGGGGCGGUCGUGAGCCGACAAAGCACUCCAGUUCCUAGCAGAGAUUAUCUAAGGCAGAAAAAUGCAGAACUGGAGGAGAAGUACAAAGACACAGAUGUGCCUAUGCCUGACUACUGGGGCGGCUACAUGGUCAAGCCUUACCUGAUGGAGUUCUGGCAGGGUCAAACCAACAGACUUCAUGACCGCAUCGUCUUCACCAGGUCGAAGGACGGAGAGUCUGAGCUGGGAGAGUUUCAGCACGCUGCAGAGGGAGGCUGGGUGUACCAGCGCCUGUCCCCAUGAGAAACAACUCAGCAGACUGUCAUGGGCACGGGGAAAAAACUCCCCAUCUUUACCUGCUGAGUGUAGGAUUUAUUAACAAGCCAAACAUCAUUGUGUCGCCUUGUUUUUCUUGAUGUCAGUUUACAUUUUAACAGUGGUGUGAAACAACCUGACUGCACUGUACAACCUUAAUUUUCCACGUAUUAUGAAAUGAAAAGACGCUGUGUGGUUUACAGAAAGAGAGCAAACUCCACCAAGUUCUAUCAAAUAAUUAUUGACAGUAUAACGUUGGUUAUUCUGCAGUGUUGUUUGUGAAACCUUUUGGAUGUGAAUGAUCUUAUUUCUUGAAAAGCACCAUCUGUACUUGUCUGAUGCAACUUUCUGUGAUCCAUUUUACACUUUACAGGUCUGUACUUUCCAAGAAAGUUUAGUAAAACUAUAGUAACUUUGUAAUAGUUACAGGGUAAAUGGAGAGAAAGUUCUGAGACAGUUGUUUGAGUUUGGUUGGUUGUGUUGAGUUUAUAAGCAGGUCUUGAUUCCUAUGGAAAUUGAUUCAUUUAAACCCAAAUAAAUACAAUCAGUGGCCACUUUAUUAUUACCUUGCAAAGCAGCUGGAUUCUUGCGAGAUCAUGAGAUCACGCAGGAUCACAAGAUCUGUGUAACAAACCAUCUGGCCCGUCAGGUUAACUGUAUUUACACCUGUACAAUAUAAUGCAAACCAAUGCAAAGAGGUGUUAUGGUUUGAAUCUACACGUUUCUGGCAAUUACAACAAAAACGGAACCUUAUAAACUCUGUAAAGGAAGAAUUUCAUUGUACAGGUGUGCCCAAUAAAGGGGCCCCUGAGUGAAUUUAA